ACAGCGGAGCGGGCGGAGCUUUGCCCGCCGGACAGGCCGCGCGGGGGCAGCAACGCUCCGCGCACGCAGCGCCCUCAGGGUGGGCGAAGCCGAACACUCGGCGGCCGCGGGCAGGGGGAGAGGGGCCCGAGCAGUCUCAGCUGAGCCCACGGAGCGACUCCCCUCGCCCCACAAGGAGCCGUCCAUCCCCCACCGUUGGGAAGAAUCUCCGCAGCGGUACGACGGUCAAAGGUUUCUGACUCUUAAAUAGAGGCCUAUGACGUUUUUAAUUCUUCCUCCAGCCUUCCAUCUUUCACAGAGCCCUCUGCCUGCCCUACUUAAAGCACAGCACCGAAGUUCCUACUAGCGCAGGAAGGCAACAGCUUAAUAAAAUUUUAACCGUGUAAACUAACUAUAGUAACAACACCUAAAAACGUCAGGGCAUUUAAAGGUAGCUCUUAAAGCAGCCUCUAACGAGCUGCAGCCUUCAGAAGGAAUUUCAGCAUGACCUGAUGAGACACAAAGGCCUCAUACAAUGAUGAGUUGCAUACAACUGCUACGCUGAUCCGCUUUGAGAAUAGCAUUGUAAUGAGUUUGGGCACUGAAGAAAUGAAUGUCUGGGGCACAGCAGGCUCUGCCCUGUGCAGUGUUGGUGUGCAGCAUCACAGCCACCUCCUUCACUCAGAGGCAAUGCUGACCAAGUGGUGUGGGCUUGCAGAUCCCAACGCCCCAACCUUGUUUUCCUCAUGUCUCUUAGCUCUUUCCUGGAGCUUUCCUCCAAAUCCAGAUGUAGCUGCAUCCGAUGGUGUAGCAGACACAGCACUAUCUUCAAGUCAGACAAUCCCCCUCUACCCUCAGCUUCAAACAGCAGGAAACUGCAGGACAUACUAUGAAACCAAUAACAAAAGAAUUACCUUUGGCUUACUCUAGCUCUGUUCCUCUUCACCUGGCACUGUCUUUUAGCCUUUAGCCAGCUAUUGUGCUUUUCUGCUUUAGACGUCCUCCAACCAUUCCAUGUACAUCUGCUGCCAUGUAAAAAGGGUUGUUCAGUUACCCCAGUCUGUCUCAGGACUGUGAGACAGAGCUGGGAGCCCUGUUCAAGCAGGCCUGCUUCACCCUCAUGACUGCAAACAGCAUUGUAGUGGUUUCUGUUGCAUCAAAAUCCAUUUUUGCCUUUAUCAAGCUGUGGGAAGCUCUUACCAGUUUUCACUGGCAUGCUGAAAGACAAGACACCAGCAAAGUGGAACUUUCAUUUAUUGGGCAGAAAAUACAAAUAGAUUUACUUUGACUUCUGGCUCUGUGCUUGUGCCUUCAACACCUUCACAACAAUCUUCUGCUCCUCAAUAAGGAAAGCCCUCUUGAUUCUGGAAAGGAAACGCAACAUCAUCAGGACAUGCAUCUAAUCAACUAAGAACACAAAAAUAAGAAAGCUGCAAUUACUUUAGCUGACUCCAAUGCUCAGUGUUCUACGUGUGGUGUUAGCUCCAUAUUACUUUAAAAGAAGCUGUCAGUGUUCUUGCCAGCACCAAAAGAUAGGAGCAGGGGCAGUGGCAGCAUACACAGACAAGUAUAGAGAUUUGGGGAAAAAGCCCUUUUUUGUUUGCAAAUGUAGGGUUGGCGCCUUGUAGGCAGAUAGGGCAAUGCUUGAUGGCUUCACUAACUUAAAAGGUAAAAAGAAAAAAGCUGAAAUCCUCAAUGGCAAACUAAUUGAACAGGUCUUAAGGUAAGAACUGCUGAGACCAGCCGGUCAGUUCUCUCCCUCAGAGCUACAGGAAAAUCGACAUCAAUCUGGUCAGCAAAACAGUAACAGCUGCUCUCCCAGGAUUAGAGCUUCUUCAUCCACCAACAAACACCAGCAGGUCGAAUCAUGCCUGAACACAAUUAUUUCUGGAAGGCACGCAGGCCCACCAUGUAGAUGGAUCUAUGUGGUAGUCCUCAUACAUCAACAGUCUAUUUGAUGAGUUUGAGUUAAAAGCAAAAACAGCCUACCAGCAACGCUUCAACAGACAAAGCACAGAGAGCUGCCAGUUGCAGGGAAGGAGGUGCAUUUUUAGGCGAAGACAGACACAGGCUCAUCUCUUAAAAACUAACUAUCAAGUUCACAGUGUUUGGGAAACACUCAAAAAACUGGCACUUAACACUGAGAAGGUAUGCUAAAGAUCUGCAGCUGUAACAACCCCUCUUCAGCAGCACCUAAUGUGAUUUAGAUUAGAACUCACAGAAGAGGAAAAAAAAGAGGCUGGCAGCAUUUGCACUACAGAUGAAAAACUGGCAUUACGCUGCUGACUCCAGAGAUGCGCUUUGAUUACCAUUCACAGGGAUGACAUAUUGUUUGUAAUACACAGUAUUCCUCAACUUUAUCAAGGAAGUAUACAGACAUAGAGCUGUUACACCAUCAAACUUCAUUAAGGGGUGCCUAGCAGAAGUUACCUUAAAACAUCACCUCAUUAAGUCGCUUAAGAUGCUGACAAUUACAUCAGUGAGUCCCAAACAAUCAGAAAGAAGUCAGAAGUUAAAAUGAUCUUUCGCUAACAUCUUUGCUUAAGACAGAGCAGAAGGACACAGGACGACAGAAGAAGAGAAACCUUUACUCAGUAUAAAAAUCCAGAAUGAUGCUCAACACCAAAGCAUGGGUAUGGUAGGAAACCACCAAGAACAAACUCUCUGUAGGAGUUCCAAACACAGGAACCAGCUCAAAUCCCAAGAACAAAACUGCACACGGUGCAACCCUGUGCUUACCCCUCUAUUCUACUAUGACAGUGUCAGAAGAGCCUGCAAAAUGUUUGGCCCACGCUACAUAGACGCAGUACAACACAAAACUCACAUUAAGUCACCUCAAGAGUAGAGUUAGUUUGCUGUAGGCUCACCUGUCACGGACACAUUUAGCACACAUGGAACCACCAUAAGCUCUGCUGACGUGCUUCUUUGUCUUUGACAGCCUCUUAAGAACUUUAGGACGCACAGCGCGCACCUGUAAAAAGCAAAGAUUGGAAGCAUGUAGUAAGAAAGCCAACUUUGCUUUCUAACUUUGCUCCUAACUUUGGGUAACAGCUGUGUUAUGAAAAUAGGCUUGGAUAGUUUGACUUCAAAAAGCAGCAGCAGCAUCUAAAGCUGACUACUGAACAGGCAGGAGAAGUGACUGAAGCCAUACGUAGUAUCCGUGCUGCCUGCAGCAUUCCAAAGCUGAUUUUUUUCAUUCCACAGCUUUUGGAAUACAUUUAAAGUUUUUAUAACCUCUUAUUAAAAACAAUCAUCUUCAUAAGGAUAGAAGCCGACUGAAAAUAAGACAUGACUCAAACAUCCUGAUCUGCCAUUCAAAGCAACAGCAUUAAAUCGGGAGCAAAAAAGUUUGGGAAUAAAAUAGCACAUUAAAAUACAAAAGUCAGUCCUUUUUUCCUGAAGAUCAGAGUCAAAGGAGACUUGUGGCUUUUGAACAUCUGCCUAGUAUAUCAAAUUCUAAGUUUUAGCCCUGCUACAGAUUCAUCUAGAUCUAACUUGAAACAACUGCAGCCAGCUAAAAGUGAACUCACACAAGUUCAGAUAACAGCAAUGAGAACCACAAGCAUUAAAAAAAGCUCUUGUUCCUUAAGCUUCCAAACCCUGCUCUACCAGCUCCACCUUGCAAUAUUCCAAUGGGAAAAUUUCAACAAAAGGCUGUUCUUGAAUUCAUGAGGAAACAGACACCUAACGAGAAAAGGAUCUUAGCAUUAAAAAAAAAAAGAAAUUAUUGCCCAACUCUUAUGCCAGCAACCCUAAGACUUACACCACGAAGUCGUCCUGGGCAUACACCACAUGCUGACUUCGGUGCCUUCCCUACUUUCUUGGUGUAGAGGUAAACAAUCCUGUUUCCAGGUGUUCGGGACCUGAAUGGCAGAAAAACAGUCACUGUAACAACCAAACUGUAAGCUUAAUUUUCUUCACCAAAAAUUCCCUAGCAAGUGGGGCUUACUUACAGCCUGGUCUUGUUGGAAGCUGUGUUGUAGGAUAACCUACGGCGGUAGGUCAGGCGCUGAACCAUUUUUCACACCUAAAUUAGGCAAAAACAAAGCAGCAACGGUUUAAGAGCUCGAUCCCCGAAUGGAAGUUCACAGACCACAGCAUCAUCUGCACUGAACCACUGAGCCUGAAAGCUGCGCUGAAGCGAACAUGGCGCUCCCUUCCCCUCUCUCAAGUGACAACCGCUGCAGCAGUGCCGCUCCGGACCCAGCCCGGUGCCCGUUCCCGGCCCAGCCCGCCGCGGCGCUGGCAGCAGAACAGGCACAUCGCUACCAGACAAGAGGACGCCGGCCCGGUGGCGGCUACCGACCCACAGCAGCACUCCGGCCGCUAGGCCGCAGAGGCCUAGGGCGGCCCCGUUCCUCCGCCCGCCCGAAUGCGGCCGGCGCCGCCCCGGCUUCUCGCCACAGCCAUACGCGGAGCCCCCGGGGCCGCCCUCAGAGCUCGCCGGCCCACGGAUGGCGGCGGAUGGACGCCGAUAGGCGCUGGAGGCGCGCAGUAGCCCGCCGCCAUACCUGGCGCCGCCGGAUCCGGAAGAGGAAGCGGAAGUGCCCGGUCGAGGUUGAAAUAGUGGCGCUCCGGAACCCGGAAGGAAUAGAGGCGCGCCUGGCUGAGUGCCGCCAUGCUGUACGGAGGCGGAGUUGCAAGGGCGCCGCCAUGUUGAAGGACUACGGGGCGUGUAAUGCGGGAGGGGCUGGGUACGGCCCAAAGAGCCCUGGAGCACCGGCCUCACUGCUGCUACGCACGCUGUACCUACAGGAUGCAACGUUUCUUGCCUCUUACCUCUUUUUCUUUGAGGUGUUGCAAGGACGCACAGCUUUUGGCAGCAGGGCGCUGUAGCCCGGCAGGACCGUCCCCAAAGGUCACGCACCUGAAGUACACACAGCUGUGCACUGCUCUCCCACUGCAGCCAGAGAGCUGCACAUAAAACAUGCAGAACCGGACACCUUCAUUAGCUGCCUCAGCUUUGCUUUUGGAGAGCAGCGCACGCUCAGAACCCUUUGAUGUGUACUACUGGCCUUAUUUAUGGAUUCGUAGCUCGCAGAUCACUGCACCGCAUCCUCCCUGUUUUCGAUCUGUGAUUAUUUUUGGGGGGUAAUUAUUGACUCUUUUUAAGUGCAAAUUAUGGACACCAGAAUUUUUCUAAUUCACGAAGGAAGAGGAAAUAUGUAUGAACUAGAUUUUAGGGUAUGCUUAAAAUUGGAGCGUAUUUCAGACAACAAGUACGUUUCAGAGCAAUUAGAGUCUUUAAUAUGAACUUUCUAGGCCCCGAACCCUGAGGGGAAUAAGAAAGCCAAUUAAACUACAUUAAAUAAUCGUGCCUACAUAUAAAAGUGGGACAGAAUCCCAUUGUUGAAAGAACAACACUAUUAAAUGACGAUCGAACAGUUUGGUUGAGAUGCUGUAAGUGCAACAGGUUACCACAUUUUAUUAUUGACCACUUUAUUACUGAACAACAGUAUUGAUAUUUUUGGAGCUUACCCAACUGGGGCUCUGAUCUUGACCGGUUUGGAUUUAGAAGCUGGCACUUAAAUGCCAGCAGCUCACUGCCGGUGAUGCUCUGCCCUACUUUUUCAAUCAUUCUCAGUUUCUUUCAUAAGAGGAACAGGGCUGUCAGGCAAGUCACUUGCGAGAGCAUCUAGAAAUGUUAGUUUUAUGACAGCUGGUUUAGUGAGAUCUAGUGUGGGGAUAUUUGAAGGAGGAGCUCACUAAGCCCACUUCUUAUGGACCAGUGCUAGUCAAGUGGCUCUCCCGUAUUCUGUGCUACUCCUACUUCUUCAUAGGACCAAUCUGCCUCUUAGGGGAGCAGGUUUUUCCAUGUCCAGAUCUUUUCACUGACUCCUCCUGCACCUUCUUCUUUCCUUGGAUACAAGGAAGAGGAUGGAAUAGCAAAUGCAUGGCCCACCAUCUUGGAAAUGGACCAGUGGCAGCUAUAAAAAGCAUUUUUUCCCUGCUAGGAAUGUGGAAGCAUAGGGCCUGUGGAUGCAGCCUUUUUCCUUAAGAAAGCAUGAGGUUUCCAGGGUGUAUUUGCUUACUGUCAGUGUGAAACCAGAAAACUCUUUUCUGCCAAAGAUGACUGGAAAGAUAACCACCUCUGGUGGCAGAUUAGCAGUGUGUAGCGUUUGCACAGGCCAGCCAGUUGUCACUAUGUUCCAUUUAAUGUACCAAAGAGGUUGCGUUGUUCAUAGUUUAAGACCAUUUCUUGCUACGUUGACCAUC